AUGGUAGCAAACUCCUUAUCAUGGGUGUUUGAAGUGUUUGGCGAAAUUAAGUCAUUCUUUUGGUGGGAUAUGGAAGAUGGUGAACAUGGGGAGAAGAAUUGUCGCGGUUGUGGGGAGAAGAAAUGUCGCAUUCGUGGGGAAAAGAAGAAUGACGAUCACUCGAAAACUGUAAAUAGACCAUUUAAGUGGCUAUGGUACUUCAAGAAGAGGUUGCAAGUAGCUGGUGAGCAGCUUGCUCUCAACUUUAAACCAGUGGAAAUGGAUCAAAAUGCUGCAAUGGAGGAAGGGAAGGUUUUGAAAAAUGGUAUUGAAUUGGUCAAAUCAGUUUCGGAUAAGCAUCUUGAUCUUUUGAGGCCAUCUUCACGAUAUUUUUCAAUGUUUAAAGGGCAUAUGUCAAAUAAUAAUGAUCGUGAGAAAGGAAAGUAUUCACUUAUUAAGGAUUCAGAUGAUUUUCAACAAGGCCUUUAUGACAAACCUCUUCCUUGCUUUGGAUGUGGAAUCGGAUGGUUUUCUUUCUUAAUAGGGUUUGCAUUCCCUUUGAUGUGGUUCUAUGCUACAUUCCUCUAUUUUGGAAAUUAUUAUCGGAAAGAUCCUAGGGAACGUGCUGGUCUUGCUGCUUCUGCUAUUGCUGCAAUGGGGUGUUCGGUUAUAUUGUUUAUUGUAGUGAUGGUUUUGGUGUUUGGUGGAAGAUAAUGUUGAUACGAAUACAAACAUGAAAAAUGUUUGAAAUUGUGAUUUUUAGCGACACAAAUUAUGUAUACGACCAAAUUGUACAAUCUUGAGAAGCGUUUUUGUUUUUGUUUUCGCAACU